GUAGGAGGAGGAGCUUGGUUUUCUGGAAGCUCCGUGGAGCUGCACGUCCAGGGCAGGCAGGCAGGCAGGCACACGGGCAGCAGAGUGGAGCCGGAAAAGGCGACAGUUGAGGGGGGGGAAAAAAACCUAAACCAAAGGCUGGAAAAGUGUCGCCGAGCCGGAGGAGAAAGAGACAGAGGAGCGGAGCUGCUGAAUUGUUCCUGGAGAUUUUGAAUCCGCCCGUCAGUAGCCUAACACGCGACAAGGAGGGCUGUCUGUGUGCCUCCCUGGUAAAAACAAGAGAGAGUGAAAGGCUGCUCGGGAAGUGAAGAUCACUGUAACCCACCUGGAGCCUCGCUGUAACCCGAGCCUGAUGCACUAAAGGUCCGCCGGCUCUGUCCUCUUUCUCCGCCUCUGUGAGCACUUUGAAACAUUGUAACCGGAGCAGACACCAGCGGAGGAGUUUACAGUGAUGUUGGGUUGACAGCCACCUAUGGUUUGCUUUUUGACACGGGAGUAGUACGAUAACUGGGAAGCAGUGGGAAAGGCGGAGCCGAACCGGUGGACUCCCAAACUGGAUUAUUGAGCUCGCCCCUGUGCCGAUUCACCCACCGCGACGCAGCGUUAUUUGGGGGGCGGGCGGGCGGGAGGUCGACGAAGGAGCCAACAACUGGAAUUUUAGAACCGUUUCUUUGGAACUCUUUAACGGCUACCCUGCUGCGGACGGCGCGAGCGGGGUUUUUUGUCAGUUCUUUCAGUCUAACGGUCGGCUGCUCGUGGCCUCCGUUCACCUAGUUUAUUUAGGAGCACCAUCAGGUUUGGGACGCAUAUUUUGGGGAUCAUUUCCCCCCCCAGCCGGGGUCGGACUAUGGCGGACGACGACAUUCUCUUUGAAGAUGUGUACGAGCUCUGCGAGGUCAUUGGCAAGGGUCCCUUCAGCGUGGUGAGGAGAUGCAUCAACAGAGAGACGGGGCAGCAGUUCGCUGUCAAAAUCGUGGAUGUGGCCCAGUUCACCUCCAGUCCUGGACUCAGCACGGAGGAUCUGAAGAGGGAGGCCAGCAUCUGCCACAUGCUGAAGCACCCCCACAUCGUGGAGCUGCUGGAGACGUACAGCUCUGACGGGAUGCUCUACAUGGUUUUCGAGUUUAUGGACGGAGCAGACUUGUGUUUUGAGAUCGUGAAGAGGGCAGACGCUGGCUUUGUCUACAGCGAAGCGGUCGCCAGUCACUACAUGAGACAGAUCCUCGAGGCGCUACGCUAUUGCCACGACAACAAUGUCAUCCACCGAGAUGUCAAGCCUCACUGCGUGCUGCUGGCGUCCAAAGAGAACUCGGCUCCGGUGAAGUUGGGCGGCUUCGGAGUCGCCAUCCAGCUCGGAGAGUCGGGACUGGUGGCCGGAGGUACAGCAAACACAACCGUACAUACUCGGAUCAGUCCAAAUCAAAAGCACACUGUCUUUUACAUGAGGGGACUUUAUUUGUGUUUUUGGAACUUUCAUGGGAGGUGGUGGAUGGUGGAGUCAUCUCCUUCUUGCUCGCAGCCUCCUUCUCCAGCACGUCCCAGCGCAUGGGCUCUGCCACUGCGCAACGUUUUUUACAGGGAAAACCCUAUGAAUCCGCGGCAAUGGGCCCAAAUCUCAGAGAGCGCUAAGGAUCUGGUGAGGCGCAUGCUGAUGCUGGACCCCGCUGAGAGGAUCACCGUCUACGAGGCUCUUAACCACCCCUGGCUGAAGGAGAGGGACCGAUACGCGUACAAAAUCCACCUGCCAGAGACCGUGGAACAGCUGAGAAAGUUCAACUCCAGGAGGAAGCUCAAGGGGGCGGUCCUGGCUGCAGUGUCUAGUCACAAGUUUAAUUCCUUCUAUGGAGACCCCCCCGAGGAACUGCAUGACUUCUCCGAAGACCCCACCUCCUCAGGACUGCUAGCAGCAGAACGGGCUGUGUCUCAGGUGUUGGACAGUUUAGAGGAGAUCCACGCUCUGACAGACUGCAGUGAAAAGGAUCUAGAUUUCCUUCACAGUGUUUUCCAGGACCAGCAUUUACACACACUGCUCGACCUCUACGAUAAGAUCAACACCAAGUCGUCUCCACAGAUCAGGAGCCCCCCCAGUGAUGCCGUGCAGAGAGCCAAAGAGGUACUGGAAGAGAUCUCCUGCUACCCAGAAAACCACGAAGCUAAGGAACUCAGACGGAUACUGACCCAGCCUCAUUUCAUGGCAUUGCUGCAGGCCCAUGACGUGGUGGCCCACGAGGUUUACAGCGACGAGGCUCUGCGGGUGACGCCCCCCCCCACCUCGCCCUACCUGAACGGAGAGUCGCCCGAGAGCGCCAACGGAGACAUGGACCUGGAGAACGUCACCAGGGUGCGCCUGGUCCAGUUCCAGAAGAACACCGAUGAGCCAAUGGGCAUCACGCUGAAGAUGAACGAGUCAAACCACUGCAUCGUAGCGAGGAUAAUGCACGGCGGGAUGAUCCACAGACAAGGAACGUUGCACGUAGGAGACGAGAUCAGGGAGAUCAACAGCAUCAGCGUGGCCAACCAGACUGUUGAGCAGCUGCAGAAGAUGCUGAGGGAGAUGCGAGGCAGCAUCACCUUCAAAAUAGUGCCAAGUUACCGGACGCAGGGCUCCUCGUGUGAGAAAGAGUCCCCCAACACCUCCACCAGGCAGUCUCCUGCCAACGGCCACUCCAGCAUUAACAGUUCUAUCUUGGACCUGCCGUCCACCAUUCAGCCCAAGGGUCGCCAGAUCUACGUGAGGGCUCAGUUCGAAUACGACCCCUCCAAAGACGAACUCAUCCCCUGCAAGGAGGCCGGCAUUCGCUUCCAGGUGGGCGACAUCAUCCAGAUCAUCUCCAAGGACGACCACAACUGGUGGCAGGGCAAACUGGAGAACACCAAGAAUGGCACAGCGGGUCUCAUCCCGUCGCCAGAGCUGCAGGAGUGGCGAGUGGCGUGUAUAGCCAUGGAGAAGACCAAGCAGGAGCAGCAGGCCAGCUGCACCUGGUUUGGCAAGAAGAAGAAGCAGUACAAAGACAAGUAUUUGGCAAAGCACAACGCAGUGUUCGACCAACUAGACCUCGUCACGUAUGAAGAGGUUGUGAAGCUUCCUGCUUUCAAGAGGAAAACGCUAGUUUUGUUAGGUGCCCAUGGAGUGGGCAGAAGACACAUCAAGAACACACUCAUCACCAAACACCCCGACAGAUUUGCCUACCCCAUCCCACACACAACCAGACCUCCGAAGAAGGACGAGGAGAACGGGAAGAACUACUACUUUGUGUCCCACGACCAGAUGAUGCAGGACAUCAGCAACAACGAGUACCUGGAGUACGGCAGCCACGAGGACGCCAUGUACGGCACGCGGCUGGAGACCAUCCGCAAGAUCCACCAGCAGGGACACAUCGCUAUCCUGGACGUGGAACCUCAGGCCCUGAAGGUCCUGCGGACAGCAGAGUUUGCGCCGUACGUCGUCUUUAUUGCCGCACCAACUAUCACGCCGGGCAUCAACGAGGACGAGUCUCUCCAGCGGCUGCAGAAGGAGUCUGAGAUCCUGCAGACGACCUACGCCCACUACUUCGACCAGACCAUCAUCAACAACGAGAUCGACGAGACCAUCAGGCACCUGGAGGAGGCCAUCGAUCUGGUGUGCUCCACCAGCCAGUGGGUCCCCGUGUCCUGGGUGUACUGACCGACACCUCGGACAAACUCCCCAAAACACACACAAAUGAACUAUUAACUGAAAACCCAUGGGACACCCCUCUCUCUCUCUCUCUCUCUCUCUCUCUCUCUCUCUCUCUCUCUCUCUCUUUCUUUCUUUCACACGCGUUUCUGUGAAAGCGGCCACAAAGCAUUCAACAGAAAUCCUCCCCCCCCCGAAACGACGCACACACACAACCUGCGGCGGACAAAACUACCGGACCCUGACAGACGACCUAGUCAUAGUGAUGUAUAAAAAAAAACAAAAAACAGAGUUUAAACAAAAAGUGCAUAUUGUCAUGUCUGUACUAGCUAGGAGGCAACAUUUUUGUAGAUGUUUGUUUUAAAGAGACAGUACUGCGUCCCGUCCUCCCAUCACAUUGUGGCUCUGUCGGGUGUUGUCGUACUAAAAACCAUCCGUAGAAAAGAUGCUGUCAGGGUUUUCUGUCUCUCGGUGGACGGACUUCAAAAGCACACACACAAACCGCAAUGUCUUCUCGUCUAGAGAUCGUCAUUAUAUAUUCUUUCUUGUUCCUUUCUUAAAGUGUAACUAAUGUUUUUUUUUUCAACCCGGACUCUAUUUUCCUAUGUCUUUGUGUCUAAGUGACUGAUGGGAACAACAAUCUUUGAAAUUGGUCCAUUAUUAAGCG